AUGUUCUUCACAUGUUCCAUAACUAUUAACAUCUUUGGAAAUUUUGGUAUGAUUAUUACUAUUGCCCAUUUUAAACAACUUCAUUCAGCAACAAACCUUCUUAUUCUUUCCUUGGCAUUAAAUGAUAUGUGUAUUGGAAUAUUUAUAAUGCCAUACAGCAUGGUAAGAACAGUGGAAAACUGCUGGUAUUUUGGAAACCUGUUCUGUCAGAUACAUUAUGGUUUUGACAUGACUUUAUGUAUCAUUUCUAUUUUUCAUCUCUGUAUAAUUGCAAUUGACAGGUUAUAUGCAGUGUGUAAGCCACUCCAUUACCCCAUAAAAAUUACUCUGCCCGUCACUAAAAGGUUGGUCUUAUUUUGCUGGUCAGCUCCUAUGAUAUUUUCUUUGGGUAUAGUUAUAUCAAAUUCUCAUGUGUCUGGCAUUGAGGGAUAUGAUCUUCUAGUCCAAUGUUUCAAUGUGUGUCCAAUCACAUUUAACAAAUUAUGGUCAGUGGUGGUUUUCUUUAUAUGUUUUUUUUUUCCAGGAGCUUUAAUGGUUGGAAUCUAUGUGAAAAUAUUUCUGGUUUCUCAAAAACAUGCAAAGCUUAUAAAGGCUGCAGUUGUGGAUUCAAACACAUCACAAAAAGUUUCCAAGAGGAAAGAGCGCAAGGCAGCUUGGAAACUAGCUAUUUUGAUGGGAGUCUUCCUUUGCUGUUGGAUGCCAUUUUUUGUAGCUUUACUAAUUGAUCCGUUUAUGAACUUUACUACACCAAAAGUAAUUUUUGAAGUAGUUAACUGGUUUAGCUAUAUAAAUUCAACAUGUAAUCCUAUUCUGUAUGGCUUUCUCUAUCCAUGGUUUAGAAAAGGUCUCAAACAUAUAAUAUCUGGUAAAAUUUGUUACUCUGAUGCUUGUGCAAAUCUGUUUCCUGCUGAAUAG